AACCGAGACACUUCCACACAGGUAUCAUACAGUGCUCCAGCGCAGGCCUGCAAUACCAAGGCCCAAAGGGGAAUCCGUUGCUGUGGUGACCCCUGUUACCAACCCCACGCCCUUAACGCCGCCCCCCACCCAUGCUCAUUCACUCAACAUCGUGCAUCUGCGUUUCAUACUCCCCAAGAAACAAACAACCACCCCUAUCGAUCAUUUCCGUAUUCAUUGUCCCUAAACAGCGUUAACUUUCUCUCAUCCGUUCACCCAUCGAGCCUACCGUUUACCAUGUCAAGCAGCAGAGUUGCAGUCGAGGAUCUCGACGCCGGCAUGCAUGCUGAUGAGGAUGCCAUUAAUGUCCUGUUUGUCUGCCUUGGGAACAUCUGUCGUGCGUGGCUCCUUGAGGUUCCUCGUAUUUUACUUUCUAGGAUACAGGCUUGAUGAUAUAUAUCGCUCCUCGGUGGCCAGAGUUUGGUGUUCUCGCUAUUGCUAACCGUGGCACUUAGGCUCUCCGAUGGCUGAAGGAGCCUUCCGCAGGACCGUCCAACAACUAGGCUUCAAAAACAAGUUCCGUAGGAUAGACAGUUGCGGAACUGCUUCUUAUCAUUCUGGAGAGCGUCCAGAUCCUCGUAAGAACUCGAGCUUUCUAUUCGAGAAACGGGAGGAACCCAAUGACACUGAUGUAUGCAGGCACCGUCCAGCUUCUCGCCAAGCACGGGAUUCAUACAAGCCAUCUGGCUCGUCAACUUGCUACCUCAGAUUUCAACGAUUUCGAUUACAUUCUCGCUAUGGAUGUAUAGUUUCCCCUUCCUAUUAACACUGUCGAAGAGCUUAAGGGAACUGGAUUGCUUACUGUUCCCCCUCCUUCCUCGUGUGAAGGACGCAAACUUACGUGAUAUAACUUCCGCUCAGCCCAAGGGUUCCGGAGCGAAAGGUAAAGCCAUUCCUUGUAAAGCGGAGCUCAUUUCAAUGUUCCUAAUACUGACGCUCUGGAUUCUAUAUCCGCAGUCAUGCUCUUUGGCAACUUCGGGGUGAACAAGAGCGAGCAGAUUCAAGACCCCUAUUAUGGUGGCCAGGCUGGCUUUGACAGAAACUAUGCCCAGAUUGUUAGGUUUACAAAGGGCUUCCUUCGUGAGGUUUUCGGAGCAGAUAUCGAUGAGUAGGUUCUUUAUCAUAGAUAUUGCCUUCCUCAUUCUUUUAUCUUGAUGUUUUUGGGGGCGGUUUCUCAGUUCUAUACCCUUUCCCUUUUUAUCGGAUAGAAUGAUACAAUACACCAAAUUGAGGCC